AUGGACGUUCAUACCACUGAUCAAAGCGUUUCCACCUCGUCCUGGGGCGAAAGCCAGUCCAAACGUUCCCAACGGCGCAAAAUUGUCGUUGCUAUCACAGGAGCCACUGGGUCUAUUUUUGGGAUCAAAGCACUCAUCAGUCUUCGUCACCUGAACGUUGAAACUCAUCUUAUUAUCAGCAAAUGGGCCGAAGCAACAAUCAAAUACGAGACCGACUAUACAAUUGCCAAUGUCCGCGCGUUGGCCGAUCAUGUUUAUAAUGUUCACGAUAUGGCAGCCCCAAUAUCCAGCGGCUCUUUCCGUGUCGAUGGGAUGAUUGUUGCACCAUGCAGUGUCAAAACGCUUGCUGUCAUAAAUUCUGGGGUUUGCAGCGAUCUGGUUUCCCGGGCUGCAGAUGUGAUGUUGAAAGAGCGGCGCAGGCUAGUCCUUGCUCUCAGGGAAACCCCUCUGAGUCUAAUACAUCUGCAAAACAUGAUAUCCGUGACGCAAGCUGGCGCUAUUAUUUUCCCACCUGUGCCCGCAUUCUACACAAAACCGUCUUCAAUGGACGACUUGGUGGACCACAGCGUGGGACGGAUGCUGGAUCUUUUUGACCUAGAUACGGCAGGGUUCGAACGAUGGAAAGGAUGGAAAAGAGACUGA